AUGUCAACGAAUCUUGGAUUAAGAAUUUUCAAACUUCCGAGUAUAGCAUUAAAUGCAGUUUUAUACAUGAUGAACCCGAUUGAACUAAUUGCUCUAUCGUUCUGCAGUAAAUCAUGCUACUGGAAAUGCAAAAGUUUCCGGAACACUUCUAAAAUGAAGAAACAAGUUGAAACAUUCAAAUUGUUAUUUUCAUGGGAUAACGUGAUAAAAUUACGAUUUAGAACCCCUUCUGAUAUGUUUGAAGUAGAAUUUGAAAUCGAAGAAUUGAUAAGAGAGAAAGCCAAGUUAAAAUUGAAAGACGCUUUUGUGUAUGACGAAGGUUUGUACAUUCCUAGUUGGAUUCCAUGGAACUACAAUCUUAAACACGAUAGAUGGCAGCAAGACGAUCCCAAAACUAUACCAUUAUAUUCUCUAACACUGUAUAAUUCCAACUUGGAAUAUCUUUCUUCAUUACAAUCUUGGUGUGCCUACCUGUCCAAUCUUUUUAAUGUUCAACCCACAACUCUCAGUCUCAAUUAUUGGUAUUUGAAAGGGGAUAUGAUCGAAACAAUAAUGGACACUUAUUGUGAUGCAGAGAACACACCGAUUAACCGCUUUGAAUUACAUUCUUUUUCAUGGUAUCUGGGUACAAUAGUGGAUAAUUAUGAGCAGUUUUUGAUCCCAAUUCUGGAACAACAAAAUGCAGAUUCUGAGUUGAGAAUGUUAUUUUAUCCAUUGAAAAGUUUCAAUUUUGAUUUCAACCGUCUCAGAAUUGUUCCCAAAUGCAUGGAAAUUAAGCACUCUAAUUGGAUAACUUUUAAGCAACUUUUGGAAUUUCAAUCUGAAACCGUUUACCUAUGUAGAUCAAACUUUUUGAACUUGGAUUUCAAGAAUUUAGUAGAGAAAUGGAGAGCUGGUUGGACUCCGAAGUGGAAACAUUUGAUGGUGGAAUUCAAGGAGAACUUGGAUGCCGAUUCGUUGGUUUCUGGUCAGUCAAUGACAAUUGGUUCAGAAGAAAAUCAUAGAAGAAGUUAUAUUGAAAAGGAUUCAUUAAUAAAAAUCUAUCGCUUCUGCAACAAUAUAAAAACAACAAAAGGAGAUGUGGUUAAACUCGGAUAUCACAUCGCUCGGUUGGACAAAGCGAUAGCAACUAUAACUGUCGAGAAUAAUAGAAUUGGCUGGAUUUAUAUUCAAUCAACUAAACCGGAUGCGGAGUUCACUUUUUGCGUAACCGAACACACUUUCGACCUUAAUUGA